CUUUACUUUAGGUAAAUCCUCUUUUUUGUUUUCAAGCUCCUCCUCAACUAGUCGAUCUUUAAUCAUUUUUAUUCUAGAUUUUGACCAAUUUGAACGUUAUUUAUUGUCUUAUUAUUGAUAUUGUUAUUACUCGGACAAAUCCCAACUGCAAACCAAAACUUGUUCGUGAAAUUGUGAUAAACAAAAAUCAACAUGCCAAGUUAUUGUGAGAAUAUAGUUGAUGAUAAUAUAACUGAAAUUUCCAAUGAUUCCCGUGAAUCUCAAAUUGUUGAUGUUGAAUCGCCACUUGCACAUUCCUUACUGACUUCAUCAACCAUCCAAACAGAAACUUGUGAAUUAAUUCCAAGUGAUCAUCUGAUCCAUCACAAUGACAAGGACAGUCUUCAAGAUUCCCUUGUUUGCGACAAAAAGCCAAUCAAUCCAUUAACAUCAUCAUCAUCAACCGAUUCAUCGCCAUCUUCAGUUUUAAAUUAUACCAUUGAAAAUCUGCUAAGUUCAUCAAGAAAAUUAUCGAAACCAUCGUCACCAUCAGCCACGGCCAUACUUCAGUCAACAAUAACUGGAACAGCAUAUAUAACAUAUCCCGCCUAUUAUGAUUACCGGCGACUUUUACCUUACUCAAAUGUUGAACAAGUCUGGAAAUAUAUCCUUCCUCAUCAUCCCCACCAUAACGGUCAUCAUCAUAACAGUAGCAACAGCCUUGGUCCAAUACGACAGAAUCGUGGUCCUCGUCGACAGCGAACGACAUUUACUCAUGAACAGACUCUUCGACUGGAAAUGGAAUAUCAUGUUUGCGAUUAUAUAAGUCGUGGUAAAAGGUUCCAACUUGCUGAUUUACUGGAUUUGACGGAGAAUCAGAUUAAAAUUUGGUUCCAAAAUAGGCGAGCUAAAGAUAAAAGGAUAGAGAAGGCUAUUAUGGAGCAACAAUACAGGCACAUUACCGCUUCUAACAUACCCAAACAGGUUAAUUUAUCAAACUGUUCAACUUGCAGUUACACUAAACACCAAUUUGAAUCGUCUAUGGUCACAAAUGGACCAGCCCAACCAGUUGAUUGUGAUGGUAAAAAAUCAAGUCUGGUAACGGUGAAACACAAAUUGAAAAUUGAAUCCUCGACCGAUGAAUAAAAUAUUAACUUUUUUGCCUUAAAUCUAUGAUUUAACUAUUUUUUGUCACUUAUCUACCAAAUAACAAUAAGGUUUUGGAUAAUAAUAAUGAUUUAAUAUAAUCGUGUUGAUUGUUUUUUGUACCCAGAGGUAGGAACUAAAGAAAUCAAGAAAUAGGUGAACAAUUAUUAUGAUAAUUGCUGUAUUAUAGCGUGCAAAUGGAUUAACCUGUCGAUGAAAGUUGGGCGAACAAUCAAGGUUGAAUUUUGUUAGACUGAAGAUGUGUUAAAGAUGACAAAUUGAGACUUAUUAAGUGUAAGGAAGGUGUGCCAUUAUUAUGAUUAUUAUUGCAAUGAUUUUCAAUAGAUUGAUGGUGAUGAUGCAUUUGGUGUUUGUAAUGCUUACAGCUGCCAUGGACUAAUUUGGAUCCUUUGGUAAAGUUAUAUAACAAUCACAAUAAUAAUAUUUCGAUAUUUUCAUUGCAUUUUGUCUGACAAUCCUCAUUAAUUCCAGGUUGUCACGCAAAUAAGUUAAAUGCCCAAGGUGU